AUGGCAGCUGCCAUGAGCACUGCUGCUGGUAAAUUCACAAAAAUACCACCCCCACCCCCAUUUCACCACUUGCAAAAGUUGCAGAGGGUGAAGGCAUUUCCACUCAGUCCAGUCAAAAAUCUCAAGAAAAAGAGGACAGAGCUGGUGCCAAAGGAAGGCUAUUUGAUCUGUUGUUGGUUGUUGUUGUUGUUGUUGUUGUCUCCCCUUCACCAGCAGGUCCUAGAGCAGGUUAUGGCAAUUUAAAACUCAGUUUUAAAAAUAGUUAUGUCAGUCACAAGACUCAAGUGGGUCAUAAAACCACACGUUUUAUUUAAUUAUUCUAUUCAUAAUAUUUAUACACCACUUGAUUGUUUUUUUUAAAAAAACCAACAACCCUCAAAGCAGUUUAUAAAAAGAACGAAACAAUAAAAUUACAGAUUAAAAACUGAUGAAAGCAACUAUUUUUUAAAAAAAUUAAAAUCAGCAAUAAACUAAAAACAGAAAGUGCCUGCUCGAUGUUGAAUCAAAGCCGUCGAGUGGGAUAAGGCAAUCUCAUGCUUGGAAACUUCUCGGGUGUCAAAAGCCAGGGGAAAGAGAUACACAAGGAUUGAGGCACACAGCCACUUGGUGCCAUCAGUAUAUGCAAAGCUCUGGCUCGUUUAAGACUAUAUGGAACCUUUAUUCUCAAGUAUGAUGGAAGUCAUAGAUGGAGAGUACUUUUUUAUUUUAAAAAAUCUAUUAUUUGUAAAGGAAAUCUUUGUAUAAUACUUUAUUUUCCCUUGGGAGCUGCACUGUAUCUUUGUACUUUGGUCUCAGCAGGCUGUGAUGCUUUUUUUUGGGUGGGGGGAGCGGGGGAAACUGGAGCCUGCAUGGCUUAGCCUGUCUCCUUAAGAAGAGAGAUCCUAAGCAGAGCUUGGAAAACCAGCAACACAAAAAAUAAGCUGACCAAUUGCGCAAGGCAAGUGAAGGAUGCUUCUCUGCCUUGCCACACCUCACCUGCCCAGAGGGGGCAAGGGAGCACCUAACAGCUCCAGCAAGAGGGCAUAGGAGCAGGGACCGGGGUCAACAAGGGGCCCCCUGCAGGGAUGUGGGUUUCAGCAGGUGCCCGACAUUGCCAACCAUUUGGCGCCACUUCUCAUGCUUGGUACAGGCAGAUGAGCAUUGCCCACUGUCACCAGGCUGCCCCGGCAGUGCUCAGCCACAGGAAGGGCAUGUUCUAAGAAAUGCGCUCAGAUUGUGAAAGGAAGGGCCAGGAGACUUUGCUAGUGCCCCACCUAGAACAUGUCCUAGAACCCUGUGCAGCAUGCAGGGGGGUUGUCGCAGCUGAGUCCACAUGGAAAAAGAGUGAGGUUAAGGCCCACAAGAGUCUUCUGGUCCUCAAGAUUCCAUACUUGAAAAUCUGAAAGCCACUGUGGGUUUGUUUUUGUUUUUUAAAAAAAGGUUGUAUACCAGUAUUUCUUAUGAAACUGUGACCUCUAGUGGCUUGGUUCUGUACUAGGCAAUCCUAUUUAUAAUGUGGAUUGUUGCAAUAUCUAUCAUCUAUCUGUCAAUCAAUCAAUCUAUCUAUCUAUCGAUCUAUGUAUCGAUCUAUCUAUCUCCAUGGAUCUGGGGAAUCUUUGCCCUCUGAAGAUGUGGAGCAAAACAAUUUAGCAGUAAGGAGAGGCAUGCCUGAAAAAUUAGCUCUCUAUUGUUUGCAAUAUCCCACCGAGAAUGGUGCUUUAGCUGUUUAAGUAUAGCUCAUUGUGCACUUGCAUGAACACACUACUUAAUUUCUAUUUUAAAAAAGGUUUUGUUUUGCUUGCUGCAUCUCAAAGAUGUCUGAAAGCCAGACCAUCUGAAGUGUGUGGUUGUCCACUGGGAUCCCAAGAAGUCCAUGUUAUCACUUAUAUUUACUGUAGUUUGCCCCUAUUUUUGUUAUUGUUGCUGUUAAUUGCAUUUAUAUCCCAAUUUUUCUCCAAGGAGCUCAAGGUAGCAUAUAUAGUUCUCCCUCCUCUCAUUUAAUCUCCACAACAGCCCUUUGAGGUGGGUCAGGUUGAGAGGCCGUGACAGGCACUCAAGGUCAUGGCCAAAUGUGGAUUUGAAACCUAGUCUGUCAGAUCUUAGUCCGACACUAACCACUACAACCUCACUGGCUCUCAACAUCUAUUAAAUCUCACCCUCCCGUUUCUUGUCUUCCUUUGUAUUUAUGGAAAUAACCUUCCAAAAAUAAUAAUAACACGGACUUGCCACCGCAAGGUGUGAGAGAUCCCAAUUAUUUUUCUAUUGUUACUUGUCCCUAUUUAAUGCACCAUGCCUUGUCCCCCCACCCCACAGGGCGCUGUGCUGACUUGCAGAUCCAGUUCACCGAAGCCGUCUCCACAGUUGCCGACCAGAAAGAACUGAUUGCAAAACUGGAGCAUGACCUCAGCACCAUUCAGUCCAUGUCUGCAAUGCGCCGCCCUGACGCAGAGGUGAGUCCCCUUUAACCAUUUGCUGCCCCCCACUUGCAGCAAAGUCAGCCACCAGGGGCCAAGCCUGAUGAGACCCAUUCAUACCAUUAGUCUUCUCCUCUGUGGAGAAUUCCCCAUUGAUGUGAAUGGCUACUGGCCCCCAUGGCUAGCUGCUGGGAAUCACAAGUGGAAAAAAUGCCUCCGAAUAGCUGCGCUGCAGCGAGUGAACUAGACUGGGAACCAGGGUAGAGAGAAGUGCUUUAAAUAUUUGCAUCCCCCUGUGUUUCCUACCCUAUCAGCAGCUCCGUAUGCCUCCUGUUUGUAUUGGGAGAAAAGUUUCCAGUAGUGCAAAUGGGAGCUUUACUUCCUAUGCAUAGAACAGGGGGCGGGGGCGGGGGGCAUUCCAGAAAGGGACCUCAGUGGGGUGCAAAGCUUUAAAGCCCCUCUGCACCUUGGGCCUUGAUUUGGACUGGGCAGGUGGACCCCUGCUAUUUUCCCUCCUGUGAAACAUUCUUCUCAGGACUCAGCUACAUUAGUAAAGAAAAAGUGUUUCAUACGCAUUAUAAUAACAGUGCGAUGCCAGCUGCCGCUGUGGAGUCCCGUCUCUCGCCAACGCGAUUUCCCAUAAUAAAGUUUACAGUGCGUUUUCCUGAAAUGCUUUUUCGACCCAGCCUUGCCGUUCCCAGCUGGCUUGUCUCGUUUGGCUUUCAGCUAGUUCCCAACCUGCCCUGUUGUUUCGUUCUGCAUAAUAAUUCAUUACGCAUAAAUUGAAUGCGUAAUGGAUGUAAUACACACACACACACACACACACACACACACACACAAAGAUGGCAUAUUGUAUGGCAAAACUACCCAUUUCAAAUACAAACCACUCUAUGCAAAAUUAUCCCAUGCUUCCUGAAACCUGGUUGUUCAAAGCAAGGCAUAGGACGUCUUCAGGACAUGUCUUACUUGAACCCAUAGGUGGCCCAGUGGGAGCCAAGUUCAAAAUGGCAGGCAGUAGGAGGAGCCAGAUGCAAAAUGGUGGCUGGGAGCAUGGAGUUAGUUACCCUCUGCACCCAAUGAAGCCAUGCCCCGCGAUGAGCUGCGUAUACAAGUUCAAAUCCACACUUUAGUUAUUACAGAUCAAGGAUGCUAAUUUAGUUCUUGCUGUUAAAUCAGGAGGUGUAAAUAAUCCACCAGGAGAUCCCAAUUAGCUGAGGUGCUAUAAUAUCAGCAAUAGCAUCUCAGCUCCUAUGAGUAUCUUGUCGUGAAUGGAAAGAAGAGCAAACUCUCCCAUGUCGUUCCUGCAUCCAUAUUCUCCUUUUCUCUUUCCUUCCUAAAGGGUGCCGCCAUUCAAAACCUUGAGAACAUCCCUGAGCCCAUCAAAGAGGCAACAGCGCUUUUCUAUGGUAAGCAAUUAGCCAGCAGAUGGAGACUCUGUUUGCCCAGGCCUGUGGGUGAGAUUGCUCUUCUGUAGGAAGCGUUUUGCUGCCUGGCUCAGCCACCAACUACCAGAGUCCUUUUGGUGACCUCAGCAGGAGGCAGUGAUGCUUUCUUAUGUUUUAAUCAGGUGAGGUAGGAGAGCAGAAACCCUCGUAGGUUCUCUAAGGGCUGUUUCUCCCCCCCCCCCAAAAAAAAAGCAGGGGGAGGGAAAAGCCGGUAGGGAAUGGCCAGCUAAGUUAUGAUGAAAAAUGGCAGAGUUUGGGGGGGGAAUCAUUGUUGGUGAAAAGCAAAGAAUAAAAGAAAGCAAGAGAGUUCAAAGAGAUGUACAUUGCCAUUUACUGACUGGAGUGAAUGACCUUGGUAUAAGCCCACAGGAGUGCUGUGGGUCUCAACGUUUUUCCUGUAAUCCGACCUGUUUCCUAGGCUACCCACCAUCAGCAAGCACCCCGAUUCCAGAGGGCCAGAUGGACUCCCUCCUCUCCAUCAUCUCCAGCCAGAGGGAGCGCUUCCGAGCACGCAACCACGAGUUAGAAGCGGUAAGGAUCCCUGGAGGGCAGCAGGGGCUUGGGCUGGCCCCGCAGGCCCUGCCGGUUCUUGGGCCGUGCAGCCAGGGGUCAUCGCAGCAGCUGGGCCACCAUCUUGAAAAGGCUACCCUGGCCAAGCACAAGGCAGUGGAAAUGAAAACGGAGAUCUGAUCAAACAAGUCUCUCUGGGACCCUGCCAUGGGGAAGUAUCCAUCGGACUGUGUCUCUUGAAAACCUUAUCUUGCCAGUCAGCAUGAUGAUUGUUCUGCACUGCUUUUGAUGUUUUCAUAUUGCUGUGCGCUGCCCUGAUAGUUCAUGAGAGGGCAGUAUAUGAAUACUUUUCUGAAUAUAAGCAAAUGCAUUCAUAGCGAGUUUUCCGAGGGUGGGACUUGCGUAUUUCCAGAAACACAGGCCUGCCUCUGAACAGGGCAGGUGGUUGAUAUUAUUAUUAUUAUUAUUAUUAUUAGGCUAUGUUUACUGCCCUUGGCUCUUUUCGGGAAGGAGGGGGCAGGACAUAAAUUUAAUAAAUAAAUGAGGAAGAGCUAUGCAAAAAGUGAGCGCUCACGUUGUUAUACUAUGGAAGCUUCCACCUCCGUGCAGAGCUGGUGCCUUUUAUCCGGAGCUCAGACAGGCCUGAUUCUGACCCUUUUCUUUCUCUGUUCUGGCAGGAGAACCGGAUGAUGCAGCAUACAAUGCAGGCCCUCCAAAGCGAGCUGGACAACCUGAGAGCCGACAACAUCAAGCUGUAUGAGAAGAUUAAAUUCCUGCAAAGCUAUCCCGGACGGGUCAGUGGGCUGCCCUGUCAAGAAUGGCAUUACAAUUGUUUAUGAAAGGGCUGUCUUAAGUCAUCUAGCCGCUGGAGAUGUAAUAGGGACAAUGCUUCUUUAAAACAUAUGUUCUUACAAUGUCCUACAUUGGUAAAUUUUUGGCAGAGAGUAAUAGAAAUGAUCAAUGCAACUGUACGAAAUAAUCUUAUAUUUGCAGGGAAAUAUCCUUUUCAGUUAUAUACACCUGCUACUUUCUCCCACACUAGGGUGAGACAUAUUGUUUUUCUAUUUAGAUUACAGGAAUUAUUUCUGCACUUGCACCUGUAUGUAUAAAUUUGCAUAUGCAAAUCUACUGUAAAUCUACACACACACACACCCUUUUCUCUUUUUUGGUGAUGUCUAAGUGAAUCUCCUUGGGAAAGGUUCCAGGGAAGAGGCGGCCUCACUUGGAUGGUUUGCAAAGCGGUUUUUCACAAUUACUUUGACAGCCGGCUUCAGCGUAGCAGCAGUUCACACAAGGCCUGUCCUUGCGCCACUGAUUCAGCACACCUUGGCUGGCAGUGCAUUAAUGUGUUGAAUGAACUGGCCCCCAACCAGGGAAUGGCAGGAUCUGGUCAUGGAAUCCUGUGGAGCCAUUUUGCACACACACACCCCGGGAAACAGUGGGUGCUUUUCAUUCUCUAGAUCAGCUUCCACUGCACCCAGUGCUGAUACCAAGGUGAAGAAGGCAGGUGGAGGAAUUUUCUUUUGGUUAGCUUUCCCUUUUUUGCUAUGGUGCCAGCGGGUUCCCACAUGCAUGACCUUUUCAGAGACAGGGUAGUAUAUAAUCACAAAUUAAAGUAAUUUAGUUGGCUUGGAGGCCACUUUCCCAGCCCCAACCCGUUUGCACAACCUUUUAAUGUUUUGCAAGAGCAAAGUUCUUCGGCUUUCCUCAUGCAGCGCUGGUCCUCCACACGUCCAGGAGAGAGAGCUCUUCCCUUUCCCAAGUAACCCAGUGGCUUCAGGGAAUCUGCUUGCUGAGAGAGCAUGUGCCAACUUGAGAAGAGAAGGGCAGAGCAAAGCGCUUUGCUUCAGUGUUUUCCAGCACCGCCCUGUUUAUUGCAUGACAUCUCUCGCCAUUGGCUCUGCUCCAGGUGUGCUUCUCAGCAUCCCACCCAUCAAAAGGAGGGUGGCCCAAAACUCAUCUCAUAUCUCACACACAGAGGAGAGCAUCACCACAGAAAGGGCAAACAUAUGCAUAAAGAUCACACAGGCUAAUUGAUAUAAAUAGGUGUGGAAUUACAAAUAAUUUAAUUUAAACAGAAAUACAGUGCAUUCAGGGACACAGGUGGCACUGUGGGUUAAACCACAGAGCCUAGAACUUGCCGAUCAGAAGGUCGGCAGUUCGAACCCCCGCGAUGGGGUGAGCUCCCGUUGCUCGGUCCCUGCUCCUGCCAACCUAGCAGUUCGAAAGCACGUCAAAGUGCAAGUAGAUAAAUAGGUACCACUCCAACGGGAAGGUAAAUGGCGUUUCCGUGCGCUGCUCUGGUUCGCCAGAAGCGGCUUAGUCAUGCUGGCCACAUGACCCAGAAGCUGGACGCCGGCUCCCUCGGCCAAUAAAGCGAGAUGAGCGCCGCAACCCCAGAGUCGGCCGCAACUGGACCUAAUGGUCAGGGGUCCCUUUAUCUUUACCUUUACCUUUACAGUGCAUUCACCCUAGUGGGGAGGAAUGUGCUGCACCAGAUGAGCUGUGUGUUUUCUCUGUCUGCUGCCCAGCCGUUCCCUGUUGAUGGGCAACUGCAAGGCCCCUCCUGCCGGUACUCCCUUCUUACGGCUCUUUAAGAAGGCUCUUUAAGAUUCUGAACUGGGAGCCAAUGGCCCUCCAGACAUUCUUGGACUCCCAACUCGCAUCGGCCCCAGCCUGCCUGGACCAGUAGUCAGGGGCAGUGUGAUUUGUAGUCCAACAACAUCAGGGGGGGCACAGGUUGCCCAUCCCUGAAACACAGGAUGCCUUCAAAUAGAGUGAUUUCCUCUGAUGGCCCUUGAAAUAGAGAACUGUAAAGGUGGCCUAGUUAGCAGGAACCACACUAGUUUCUUGGUGACACACUGGGGAAUGUUUGCUUGCCCUUUGGGGACUGGAGGCCCUAGAUCAGGGGUCAGCAAACUUUUUCAGCAGGGGGCCGGUCCACUGUCCCUCAGACCUUGUGGGGGGCCGGACUAUAUUUUUUUGGGGGAAAUGAACAAAUUCCUAUGCCCCACAAAUAACCCAGAGAUGCAUUUUAAAUAAAAACACACAUUCUAUUCAUGUAAAAAUACCAGGCAGGCCCCACAAAUAACUCAGAGAUGCAUUUUAAAUAAAGGGACACAUUUUACUCAUGUAAAAACACACUGAUUCCUGGCCCAUCCGCGGGCCGGAUUUAGAAGGCGAUUGGGCCGGAUCUGGCCCCCGGGCCUUAGUUUUCCUACCCAUGCCCUAGAUGCUUUGAUUUGGGGCAGGCAGUGAAGCUUGAAUCUCCCUCCUGCUCUGUCGUGCACAAAGACAUGCACCUACUUGCUCGCUUAGGUUGCUAAAUGUCCCCUCCUCUCCAAUCUGCACUAACUUUCUGCUUCCUCCAGAGAAGGAUUGAGCCUGGGACUUUCUCUGCAUGCAGAGCAGUUGCUCGGCUGCUGAGCAACAGCUCUGGAAGAACCAUGGCAUUCAAAGUGAGGCAGUAGCUUUGUGACGACUGCUUCCACACAUCUGGGAGCAAACACGCAUCCACAGCCUCACCCUGACUUCUGUGUUUGGGUCUCUUCUAGGGCAGUGGCAGUGACGACACUGAGCUCCGCUACUCCACCCAGUAUGAAGAGCGCCUGGACCCCUUCGCCUCCUUCAGCAGGAAGGUAAGAGAGGCUCUCGUAUGGAGCUGCGGGAGGGAAGGGAAAGAAGGGCUUAGAAAUACAGACGUACCUUGGAAGUCGAACUGAAUCCGUUCCGGAAGUCCGUUCAACUUCCAAAACGUUUGACCUCCAAGGUGUGGCUUCUGAUUGGCUGCAGGAAGCUCCUGCAGCCAAUCGGAAGCCGUGGAAGCCCCACCAGACGUUCGGCUUCCAAAAGAAUGUUCAAAAACCAGAACAAUCACUUCUGGUUUUCAAUUGUUCGGGAGCCAAAAUGUUCGGCAACUAAGUCAUUCAAAUUCCAAGGUACGACUGUACUACAUUUCCUAGGUGAUGGCUAUCAGCCACCUUCAACCAGUGCUCCACCACUGUUUUAAUUUCCCCCCCAUUACAUCUUGUUUAGCUACAUCUUGUUUAUCUGGGGCAACCCUGCCAGAUGGGUGGGGUGUAAAGAAUAAAAUUGUUAUUGUUGUUACUACUAUUAUUACUAACUUUAAUUACUGCAAGAGCGCUUCUAGGGGUAUGCGGUGUUCCUACAGCAGCAAUCUCAGCCACCCUGGUGAUGCCCCUAUGCCCGGCUGGCAGGCAGGCAUUAGUGGGCCCAUUUUACAGACGGCAAACUAAGCUUGGAGAAUAACAUCUUGACCUCGAGUCUGUUCACAUUUAAGCACUGGGUAAAUUUAAGUGGGCUUGUUAGAUCAUGGGCUGAUGUUGGCAUUGCAGGUGAGGCAUGGCCGAUUUCAGUUUUUCCUUUCACUUUUCCAUCUCUGCUUUGUGUUCGUUUGUACUCAGGAGCGCCAGAGGAAGUAUCUGAGUCUCAGCCCGUGGGAUAAGGCAACUCUUAGCAUGGUAAGGCAAGCACUGAUGCUUUGUCCUCUCCCAUCUGAUGUGGAGGAACACUGACCUAGGCCACAUUCACACCAGACAUUGAAAGCAGUGUGAUACCGCUUUAAACAGUUAUGACUUCGCCCCAAAGAAUGAUGGGAGCUGUAGUUUGUUAGGGAUGCUCAGAGUUGUUAGGAGACGCCUCUAUUCCCCUCACAGAGCUACAAUUCUCAAAAGUUCCCAGGGAAAAGGAAUUUGUCUGGGAAUUGUCACUUGGUAAGGGGAAUAGGGGACAUGGGUGGCGCUGUGGUCUAAACCACAGAGCCUGGGGCUUGCUGAUCAGAAGGUUGGCGGUUCGAAUCCCCGCUACGGGGUGAGCUCCCGUUGCUCGGUCCCUGCUCCUGCCCACCUAGCAGUUUGAAAGCACAUCAAAGUGCAAUUAGAUAAAUAGGUACCACUCCGGCGGGAAGGUAAACGGCAUUUCCGUGCGCUGCUCUGGUUUGCCAGAAGCGGCUUUGUCAUGCUGGCCACAUGACCCAGAAGCUGUCUGCGGACAAACACCGGCUCCCUCGGCCUAUAGAGAAAGAUGAGUGCUGCAACCCCAGAGUCGUCUGUGACUGGACCUAACGAUCAGGGGUACCUUUACCUUAAGGGGAAUAGGGAGGGUCUCCUGACAACUUUCAGACAAGGCAACCAGAAUGGGACGUGGUUUUCCAGAGGCAGCUACAUCACUGGUUUAUAUAAAGUCAAUUUGAUCCCGCUUGUUAGCAAGUGUGCAUUCCUCAUGCAUGGAGAAGAGAAGGCCGUGGGUCACUGGGACCAGCCUGGCCUGGCCAGGAACGACAAGCCCUUGUUUCACAGCUGAUGUUCGUGUGUGUCUGUACUGAAACGCGAGGCCCAGCAGGUGUGCGCCGUCACCAGUUGCCCUGCCGUCCUUGUGUACUGAUGUCACCAGGCCUGGCAUGCCAGGAAGAUCAUAUUUGCCUCUGAAGGCAAUCCUGUCCCACAGUUUGGACAGAACUGGCAGCCCAUGUUGUGUUGGAAAUACCCAGAGGAGGGAAACAGAUGUUCGGAGAGGUCUGGGCUGGUUGCCAGCAGAGUUUGCACCAGCUGUGACCUGCUUCAUACAUGGAUACACAAAGCCGCUUUUCCCUGAGUCAACCCACUGGUCCACUUAGCUUACUGCCGCCUGCUCUGACUGGCAGCACCUCUCCACAGCCUGCAAUCCCUUUCUUAAUAACUUGGUGCGAACCUAUAGUGUGCAGCCAUGCUUGGAAUGCUGUGUGCAGUCCUAGUCACUUCGCUUCAAAAAAAAGUUGGGAGAAAGUUUCAGAAAAGGGCAAGCGAAAUGAUCAAGUGGAUGGAGCAACUCCCUUAUGUGGAAAGAUUUCAAAAUAUGAGGCUUUUUUGCCUAAAAAAUAGGCUAGUAAGGUAGGGAGGCGACAUGUUUGAGGUAAAGGCAGUAGUUAUGCAUGGUGCAGAGAAAGUAGAGAUGUUUUCUCUACCUCAUAAUAUUAGAACCCAGCAGUGCUAGCCAAGGAUCUGAGCAGGGGAGAGUCAGGACAGACAAAAGAAUAGGCCUUUUAGGUGGUGGCUCCUCACUUGUGGAAUGCUCUCCUCAGGAAGGCUCGCCUGGCACCUUACAUAACUUCAGGUGCCAGGCAGAAACAUUCCUCUUCUCCCAGGCCUCUGGCUAAUUCAACAGUCUAUGGUAUGGUAGGAAGAGGCAUUGUUUCCGUUUGGUACGAUGGUAUGUAUUGUUAUAUUGUAAACCACCCUGUGAUCUUCAGAUGAAGGGCGGUAUAAAAAUUUAAUAACUAUGAAUAAGAAUAAUAUAUGAACUUGCCUAAUUUGUACAGGGUGGCAUACAUUUUGUUUUUCAUCGGCAGAAUUUUGUAUUUAUUGGUUUUUCUGAAAGCAGUAUUUAUGCCAAACCCUGUCUUCUUUUGGUGCACCUGCAGGGAAGAUUCAUCCUCUCCAACAAGACGGCCCGCACAAUUGCCUUUUUCUACACUCUCUUCUUGCAUUGCCUUGUUUUCCUGGUAAGUCUGUGGCUUGCUCUCUCUCUCUCUCUGAUAUCCUCCUGCCUUUGGAAAUAAGGAGUCUGUAGUUCAGCCUUGACAAACCUGGUGCCCCUAAGUUGCUUUAUUUGUUUUAGAGCAUUUGUACCCCGCUCCCCAGCCAGAAAAGGCUCUCGGAGUGGCUUGCGUACCAUCGGUUGACUGGGAACCCAAAACCCCCAGGCACCCACUUGCUUGGACCUCAAAGCCUGAAUCUCUGUUGACGCAGGAAGGAUGUUGCAGGGGGAACCUGAGGAAAGAGGGUCAUUGUGGGGUGGGGGUUCCCACUCUCAGCUGAACAAUUAACAGUCUGCCUUUACUUUCUCAGGUUCUCUACAAAACGGCUUGGAGCGAGAGCGUGGGCAGAGACUGUGCCGCCUUCUGUGCAAAGAAGUAGGUAUCGGAGGAGCCGCCUUCCCAGUUCUCUCCUUCAGUCUACCACGUAGAUGCUUCUUCAACUUCUGCAAACAUGCCUUUCACUCUGCAAAUGUGAAAAUCAGGGCUGCAGGUGUCGAGUCAGUUGAGCCAAUCCGUCGCUUGCGGUUUGAAGCAGGUCCGGGGGCGGGCACACUUCCUGUCCCACGUCUCGGUGCUCCCCCCACCAACCCACAUCCAUAUGUUGAACUUUGGUCAUCUACAUAUGAACAACCCCCUAGGGCAGGGCCGGUUCAAGACAUUUUGGCACCUGAGGCGAACCACAAAAUGCUGCCCCCUCUCCUCCCUGCCAGGGAAGAAGGGGCGAAUUCCCGGAGUGGUUUAGAAGCAACUCCUCUUGCCAGGGAACUUUGGGAGCUGUAGCUCUGCGAGAGGAAGAGAGGGGUCUCCUGUCUACUCUCAGUAUCCUUAAACGACGCUUCCCAAAAUUAUUUAAAGUGAUAUGAUUCUGCUCUCCCUGUGUGGGGCAGAAGGGGCCUGGUGCCGGAUGCUGUCGUCCUGGAGAAGGCUUGACCUUGCACUGCUUCCCUUGCCAUCCUCUCCUGCCGUUGCCCCUCAUAUGGUCAGCCUGUCAGGGUCAGGGGCUUGGCUUUUUGUCACUCUGCAUUUUAUGGGGCACAAUAUAGAUUCAUACCAAGGUGUGCUGAUCCAGUUGCUUCCAUCUCUUUCAGAUAUGCCGACCACCUGCACAAGUUCCACGAGAACGGCGAGAACGGGGAUAUGUGGCAAUGA